AUGACCGGCAAGAAGAAGAAGGAGGCGAUGGUUGAGGAGGAGCUCGAUCCGAGCCAGUGGGAAUGCACGGUGUGCACCUACCAGAACAAGGCCGAGGCGUUCAAGUGUGAGAUGUGCGACACCAGAAAAGGCACCUCGACCCGGAAGCCAAAACUCAACGAAAAUGUCGUCGCCAUUCAUCAGGUCGUCCAGAAUUUUGCGAUUCAGCACAGCACGCCGAAAGCUAAUAGGAGAUCAAAGGAAUUUUCGCACGCCGAUUCGCCGACCGCUUCUUCGUCAAGGCUCUCUCCGGAUAGCACGUCGUCAAGAGAUUCAAGUCGCCCCUCCUCCUCCCAGAAACGGACGCGGGAGAAGCGGAAGAACGUUCCACUCCCGGAUAAGCUCGUGUUCAGGACCUCCCCUACAAAACGCGAAUUCACCGUCAACGGCGUGAAGGCGGUAAUUCAAGUGUUCCGCUCCCGCCCUGCUGCCAAGCUACGCGUCCGCUACGUUGAUGACCCGGAGUGUACGGUAGACCCCGGAAGGGGUACUGUAGCUGUAACCGAACCAACCCUCACCGCUAGCCCUGAAAAUUCCGCAACGCUCCAAAUCACGGAAAUCAAGACCGAGGAGGUCAAGGAAAAUGUUGUACUCGAAAAUGCUACAGUA